AUGGCGUCUAGUGGCGCCAGAAGCACCACCUCUCCUGGCCUCUUCCUCCUUCUCCUGGCCGCCUUCGCUGCGGGAGCCAGCGCCGCACCACUGACCAUCACCAACCACUGCUCCUACACGGUGUGGCCAGCCGUCGUCCCCAUCAGCCGCGGCAUCGAGCUCCGACCAUCAGCCAACUGGACCCUCGACGUCCCCAGCGGCUCGGACAUAUGGGGCCGCACGGGCUGCUCCUUCGACAAGGGCGGCAGAGGGAGCUGCCAGACCGGCGACUGCGGCGGGCUGCAGUGCGCCUCUGGGAGCAGUAGUAAUCCGGCGGUGACGAAGGCCGAGUUGUCCGUGUACCAGGGCAGCUACUACUACGGCAUCACCACGCUGAAUGGAUUCAACCUGCCGCUGGACUUCUCCUGCAGCUCCGGCGAUGCGCUCCGGUGCCGGGAGGCCGGGUGCCACGUCGCGUUCCCGUACCAGAAGUACUACCAGCACACGUGCGGCGCCAGCGGGAGCCAGCUCCAAGUUGUUUUCUGCCCGUGAACGGCACAGAGCGUACGUACUAUGUACGUAUACGGCUGCAUUUAUUUGUAGCGACGAGUGUACGACGCAGAGUGCGUCGUC